UCUCUCCAAAAAUGUUAAAAUUUGCUAGUGCUACUUUAUCAAUAGUGGCAUUACUGUUGGUUUAUUCAUUUUACGUAGUUGAUGUUGUUUCGUUUAAUUCAUCUUCCAACCAUUCUUCUUCUUCUUUAACUCGCAAAAAAAAGUUACAGGUAGUAGUGGAAAAAGAAGUAGAAUCUCUCUUGAAUUGGAAAUCCACUCUUAACCGAUCUCACUCUUUCCUCCAUUCUUGGAAAAGAAGUUCUACUGCGAGGACAACAAGUCCAUGUAAAUGGUACGGAAUCACUUGUAACAGCCAGGGAAGCGUCGCGGAACUGAAACUAAAUGGUUUGGGCUUACACGGUACACUGCAUAGUUUGAACUUUACAUCUUUUGCCAACGUUGUUAGUCUUAACCUGGGCAACAACACACUCGUCGGAUCCAUCCCCUUUCAGAUAAGUUACCUUUCGAAACUGGCCUACCUUGAUCUUUCUUACAAUAACUUUUCUGGAUAUAUUCCACCAGAAAUAGGCUUCCUUACAAAUUUGAAUGGGUUAUAUAUUGGUCAUAAUCAAAUUGUUGGGUCAAUCCCUACUUCUUUGUGUAACUUGAGCAGCCUAACUACUUUACUCUUGUAUGAAAAUCAGCUUUCUGGUGUAAUUCCUCGCGAAAUCGGAAGAUUAAAUUCUCUUAUUCGUCUUGAAUGGGAUUCAAACAAUCUCAUUGGUGCAAUCCCAAAUUCUUUAUGUAAUCUGACCAACUUAGAGUUUUUAUAUCUUUCCAAAAAUCAACUUUCCGGUACCAUUCCACAAGAAAUCGGAAGGCUAAGGUCUCUUAUUCAUCUUGAAUGGUUUUCAAACAAUCUCAUUGGUCCUAUCCCAACUUCUUUAUGCAAUCUGGCUAACUUAGAGAAUUUAUACCUUUCCGAUAAUCAGCUUUCCAGUACCAUUCCACAAGAAAUCGGGAGGCUAACGUCUCUUAUUGACUUCCAGUUGACAAGCAACAAUUUUACUGGUUCAAUCCCUACUUCAUUAUGUAAUCUGAGCAACUUAAACUUUUUAUACCUUUCAGAUAAUCAAUUUUCCGGUACCAUUCCUCGAGAAAUUGGAAGGCUCACGUCUCUUACUGAAUUAGGAUUGGCAACAAACAAUUUCACCGGUCGCAUACCUACUUCAUUAUGUAAUCUGAGCUACCUAAACAGUCUCUACCUUUUUGAAAAUAAAUUUUCUGGCACCAUUCCUCAAGAACUCGGAAGGCUGACGUCUCUUGAGAUCAUUAUAUUGUACACAAACAAUCUCGUUGGUCCAAUCCCUACUUCCUUAUGUAAUUUGAGCAACCUAAACAUUUUAUACCUUAAUCGAAAUCAACUCUCUGGUACCAUUCCCCAAGAUAUUGGGAGGCUAGGGUCUCUUACAGAACUUAUAUUGACCACCAACAAUCUCAUUGGCCAUAUCCCAAAUUCUUUAUGUAAUCUGAGCAACUUAAGGACACUUUUCCUCAUUGAAAAUAAACUUUCAGGUCCAAUUCCUCGAGAUAUCGGAAGGCUAAGUUCUCUUAUUGAUUUACAACUCUCAACAAACAAUCUUACCGGUCCAAUACCUAUUUCUCUUUACAAAUUGAUCAACUUAAAAAUUCUGCGUAUUUAUGAAAAUCAACUUUCUGGUACCAUUCAUGAAGAAAUCGGAAACAUGAUGUCUCUAUCUGACCUUGAGUUGGCCGUAAACUAUCUAGUUGGUCCAAUCCCUGCUUCUAUAUGUAAUCUGAGCAACUUAACCAUUUAUAUCUUUUUCAAAAUCAACUUUCUGGUAUCAUCCCAAAAGAAAUAGGAAGGCUACGUUCCCUUGCGGACUUGGCUCUUCAAAGAAACAAUUUCGUUGCUCCAAUCCCUACUUCUUUAUGUAAUUCAACAUUUGGAACGUUACCCUCCUUGCAAUAUCUUGACAUGUCAAAUAAUAAGCUUACCGGGUCAAUACCCAGACAUUUCGGAGAGUGUUCAAAGUUACUUUCAUUGAACUUGAGAAGAAACGGUUUCAGUGGACAGAUUCCACCUCAGAUCGGAAACUUGAAUUCAAUACAAUAUAAAUUGGAUCUCAGUCAAAAUGAGCUUGCAGGUGAAAUACCAUCGGAUCUCGGAAAAUUAAAUAAAUUGGUAGAGCUAAAUCUAUCCCGCAACAAGCUUUCGGGUUCAGUUCCGAACUCUUUCAAUGAAAUGCUUAGCUUGACCAUUGUUGAUAUUUCAUAUAACGAAUUGAUUGGUCCUAUUCCAAAUAUCAAGGCUUUCAAGGAUGCUCCAUUUGAUGCAUUGAGGAAUAAUAGAGGUUUAUGUGGUAAUCACUCCGGAGGUAUGAGAUCUUGUAAUUCCUCGAGUACAAAUAGAAGAAAAGAGAUCAAAUCUGAUAAACUCGCGGUCAUGAAAAUUCUAGUUCCCUUGUUUGGUUCAUUGUUUAUUUUGUUCCUAGUACUUGCCGUUGUUUUUUGCUUCCGGAAAAGAUUCAGUAGAAAUGUCGAACACCCAGACCAAACUAAAUCAACCAUUAAUACUGGGAAAAAUUUAUUCUCGAUAUGGAAUUAUGAUGGGAAACUAGUGUUUGAAGAUAUACUUGAAGCAACAGAGAAUUUUGAUACCAAAUAUUGCAUUGGAACAGGAGGGUAUGGGAGUGUUUACAAAGCAGUGUUAUCGACACGCCAAGUUGUUGCUGUGAAGAAACUUCACUUUCCAGAUGAAGAUUCUGAAAUGGUUGAUCUCAAGUCUUUUGAAAGUGAAGUGCAUGCCUUGACAGAAACUCGUCACCGGAACAUAGUUAAACUUUUUGGUUUUUGUUCUAAUACCGAAAGACGAAUCUCAUUCUUGGUGUAUGAGUUCAUAGAGAGGGGAAGCUUGAAACAUGUAUUAUCUGAUGGAGAAAGAGCAGCGGAGUUUGGUUGGAGAAAGAGGAUAAGAUUCAUCAAGGGAACGUCUGAUGCAAUUGCUUACAUGCACCAUGACUGCAUACCGGCCAUAGUUCACAGGGACAUAUCCAGCAACAACAUUUUAUUGGAUUCAGAUUAUGAAGCACGUAUUUCCGACUUUGGUACUGCGAGGAUUUUGAAGCAAGAUUCAUCCAAUUGGACUUCACUUGCUGGAACAUAUGGAUAUGUUUCUCCAGAGCUUGCCUACACAAUGCAGGUAACAGAGAAAUGUGAUGUUUAUAGCUUUGGGGUGAUCAUGUUAGAAGUACUAAUGGGGAGUCAUCCAUCUGAAGUCAUCGCAUUACUCUCUCCUGCUCUCCUUCCACUGUCGUCAUCCUCCUCGACUUCAAGUAAUGCAGGGGAAAACAUAAGGUUGAAAGACAUCUUGGACAAGUGCAUUGAAGCGCCAUCGGAUUUAGCAAAAAAGCAAACAAUGCAUUAUUCGAAGGUAGGAUUUUCAUGCUUACGUGGUGAUCCACGUACCCGGCCAACUAUGCAAGAAGUAUCGGUAUAAUUAUCAUUAUCAGCUCAGAGUAUGCCGUCUAUCGGGAAGCCCUUUGAAACCAUUACAUUGGGUGAACUAGUUAUGGAUUCACGAGAAUGAUGUGUGACCAAAUACUAAUUAUAUAUAGUCUAUCCGAUGGGACCGGUUAUCAUCGGUUUUAUAAUCAGUUAACUAAUCACAAUUAAAAGAACACCCACCUUAUUUU